AUGUGUGGAUCGAAAGCUAUGACCCCACAAUUGAAGACUCCUACCGAAAGCAGAUUGAGGUCGAUGGCCGGCAAUGUAUUCUGGAAAUGGACCGAGCAGUUCACCGCUAUGAGGGAGCUUUACAUGAAGCAAGGUCAAGGCUUUCUGCUCGUAUUCUCUAUCACCAGCAUGUCAUCCUUGAACGAGUUGUCCGAACUGAGGGAGCAGAUUAUCCGGAUAAAGGAUGACGAAAAAGUCCCCAUUGUCAUUGUGGGCAACAAAUCCGAUCUGGAGGAAGACCGCGCUGUUCCGCGAGCUCGAGCAUUCGCACUUUCCCAGAGCUGGGGUAAUGCUCCCUAUUAUGAAACUUCAGCGCGUAGGAGAGCAAACGUCAACGAGGUCUUUAUUGAUCUUUGCCGGCAAAUAAUCAGAAAAGACAUGCAGGGAAACUCGUCCAAUGGCUCCGACAAUUCAGCGAGAAAGCGCGAAGGUGCCGGUCGUUACGAUAAGAAGAAAGAAAAGAAACGACGAAAGGGCCCCUGUGUUAUCUUAUAA